AUGUCUAAUGCUCAGCGUGUUAAAAGGAGGCUUUCUUCUGAUUCUUCUUGUAGUUAUAGUGGAUGGUACAAUGAAGAUGCUUUACAUAUUCUGAGGGAUUGUUCGAAAGCUAAGGAAUUCUGGAGUCAAUUUCUCAUUCCUAGUCAGUUUAGUAAGUUUUUUGAGGUUGAUUUUAAGCCUUGGCUUAUGAGCAAUCUAUGUUCUUCAGUGAAAUGGUAUGGCUGCUUCCCUUGGAUUGAUGUGUUUGUUUUUACUUACUGGUACUUAUGGAAAUGGAGAAAUCAACAUAUUUUUAGUGGGGAUGAUAGCCUACCUUUGCAGCCCAUUCAAAUUAUUGUUGUUGUAGUUUUUGAGUGGUUUAAAGCUUUCGAUGGGACUAAAAACCAGGAAAUUAAGGAGCAACAAGUUCUGUCUUGGGAACCUCCUAUCUCUAACUGGUUGAAAUUGAAUGUGGAUGGCUCUAGAAGGGGUAUGUCAGGUGCUAUUGGGGCUGGGGGUUUGAUCCGAGACUUCGUUGGGAUUUGGCAUGGUGGUUUUGUAGUUAAUCUGGGGCAGAACCAGAUUUUAGAAGCUGAGCUUUGGGGAUUGUUCUUUGGCCUUAAACUAGCAAUUGGGAAAGGUGUAAAGAAGCUUUUGGUUGAAAUGGAUUCAGCCACUACUGUCAGGCUUAUUCAAUGCAAGGAAAGUCUUGAGGUUCAUCCCUUUGCUGGGUUACUGGAUUGUUAUAGAGAGAUGUGGACUCAACUGGAUUGUGUGAAGGUGCAUCAUAUUUUUCAGGAGAAGAAUUUUGCUGCUGAUUGCCUUGCUAAAUUGAGCUAUAAUAUGGGGUUGGUUGUUUGGUUUUUAGAUGAGGCACCUAAUUGUCUUGGUUCUAUUUUUAUUGAUGACUCUUUAGGAGUUUGUCACCCUCGUAUGGUUUGA